AGGUGGAUCUAAAAUAUACAAAAGAUAAUAUGACAUAGCUGAUAAAGGACUGUUGGUAACAGAUGAGGAGCUGGUUAUUGCCAAAUCAUGAUAGAUCAUGAUUCAGACGAAGAAUUUGAUCAACUGGUUCAUGCAAGCAUACUGCAGGCUGACGAGACUAUCAAGCAUUUACGUUACCAGUAUGAGCAGAGUUUAAAGAAACAGAAUGAUCUUGAAAGACAAGUUAAUCAACUUCGUUGCCACAAAUGCAGUGACAUACUCACCUCCUCCAAACAAGUUCAAUGUUCAGAAUCUCUGUAUAAACUUUCUGAUGUCUCUUGUCAGACAGAGAAAUAUUCAAGUCCGGAUUCUGAGGACCGAUUCUUUCAGCGUGUUGACCAAAUUGUAAAUCAAAAUAAAGAAUUACAUUCUAACAUUUUUAAUUUACAAAUGCAGCUUGAAAAACUGGAUGGUAAUCGCAAAACAAUGAGAUCGGACUUUAAUCUGAAACACUCUGAGGCAAUUGAGAGAAUGAAGAUUCUUGAGGCUAAAAGAGAAAAAUCAUUUCAUGGCAGGAUACAAAUGUUGGAAGAAGAGCGCACAAAUUCCCUCUGUUCAUUAGGUACAAUGUCAAGUAGUGUUGAUAGUGGAUCAUUUAGUGAGAGUAAACCCAAUGACCGCCAAUUCACCAAUUUUGUGCAUCUAGCUGACAUAGAAAAAGAAGACUUGAUCAUCAAGAACGGAGAGGACAUUUUAAAGAAAAUUGAAAACUCUAUCAGAAGCAUGGAAGCAAAAAGUAAGCCAUCCACUCCUAAUCAUAAUGAGUUUAAUAAAAUGAGAUUUGAAAAAGAAACUGCACUCAAAAAAUGUGUAAAACUGGACUCUCAAUUAUCAGCUGUGAAGAAAUCUAAAGAUUUAUCACAAAACCAAGUCUCAAAACUAGAGGAUGAACUUCAAUCAUUGAGGCUUUUCUACAAUCUGCACCAGUCUCUGUCUCAAGAAGCUUCCUUAAAAGAUCAGUAUGACACCCAAGUAUCAGACCUUACAGAGAGGCUGAAACAGAGAGAGGCUGAACUCCUGGCAUCACAACACGAAAACGAUGCAUUGGCAGCGAUGGUGAAACGACUUGAGCGUCAGCUUUCUCAAGUUGGUACGAUUCCUAAUGGCAUUUCGACUAGACAUUUCAAUACUUCCCCAUCAAUUAAAAGUUCCAGAACUGGGAAACGAAUGUCUUCCUCCAGCACUAUUUCCUCGUUGAUGUGAAUUUUUCAUAAACGUCAUGAUGCCAUUUUGUUGUUUUAUCUUAAUAUUUAUUUCGUGGUAAAUUGUUUAUAGAACUAAAUUAGGUGUUCCAAUAGUUGCGCUGUGUAAAAUGUUCUAGUUAGAGCAAUGCAUUACCUAGAGUUAGCUAUCGAAAUGUUAAAGGUCUAACAUUACUUUUGUUCGAGUAACUGAAGAUUGGAUUAAUUAUGUGCAUAAUAUCUUGUCAGUGCUAUCAGGACACAGCUCGGUUUACUAGUAAAUUAGAUACUUCUUUAAAUGACGAUAGUUUAAGUCUUAUAUAUCUGUUUGGGACCAUUUGCAACAUUUAGAACCUGACAUUGUUUGCUAUCUAAGUAUCUUGUGCAACGUGAAAGUUCUGUCAGCUAUAACAUACAUGAAGUCGUAUUUUGAUACUUAUGCCCUUUGAUUAGGAAUGUUUUAAUGUAACAUAAUGCCAUGUACAAUAAUUAUUAUAUUAUGUAACUAAUGACUCGUUUAUCGUAAGUUGCGCUGUUUUUUCGACUUCUCUGGUCCUUCAUCAAUCAUCAUUAUCCUUUUAAUUCUAAAAAUAAUUAUCAAAUGUACAACUAUAUAGUAUAUACUAAUACUUUGACAUGAAUAUCAAUUUAAUUUACUCAGAUCAGAUUAAGUUAUCUUGAAAUUAAAAAUAGAUACUUCCAAAUGAUAAAUUUCGGCAUAGUACCAACAAAUCCACCUUACAGCGUGUAUCCACUUAACAAUGUAAUCCGAGAUUUAAUACUCAUAAAUUUAAGCUCCUUACAAGACGAACAAUGUUGGCUGGGGAGCUGCCAAACAACCAAGUCUUGGAAGAUUUGUCCCUCAUGUUCCUUGGCAACUGCAGACUCUUUUCUUGGCAUAAAGCCAAGCCAUUUUUGGGAAGUGUUGGAUCUCAGCGAAUGCUGUACGACAAGACAAUCGGACACCCGACGAUAUCUAAAUAUCCGAUGGCAAGUUCCUACGUUCAGAAGUUCAUCAAAUCUUGGAUUAAUCAGGUUGAAGGUGAAGUUCUAGAGGAGGUAUACGAUAGUCUGAGUGUUGCUCUAUCUCAACCAUCCUCUCAGAUAGGAUACAAGAUUUACACCUUUGACGGCGGGGCCCAUUACCUGGCAACACGGGAGACAGUAGCGAUGUGCAGUAAGGGUACCACAGGGCUACAGACUUGGCAAGCUUGUUUAGCUAUGUGCCAGUGGGCCACUGAAAACUGCCACAUUUUUCAGAACAAAAAGGUACUAGAGCUGGGUUGUGGUGUGGGACUGUUAGGAGGUGUUAUAUCACACAUGUGUGAUCAAGUCACACUGACUGACCACCACCAAUCUGUUCUGCGCGCCGCACAGCACACACUUGAUAUCAACAAUAUUAAUAAUGGGAACGUUUCUCCUCUGGACUGGACCAGGAUUGGCGAUGUUGAGGAUGAGGUUGAUGUUGUUGUCGCUGCAGAUGUUGUGUUCGAUCGAACAAUACUGCCCCAUUUGGUGAAAACGAUCAAGAACAAGCUGGGCUCUCCAACGGGCAGAGACAAAGUAGCCUACGUCUGCUCAACCAUCAGAAAUAAGGACACCUACAAUACUUUCAUCGAGGAAAUCAACGAUCAAGGACUUGCAAUUGACAAUCUAGAUGUAUCUGGACUAAAGUCGGUGUAUUUUUCUGGUACGGAUGUUAUUAGACUUAUAAAAUUACGAUUAACCAUAUAGUAUAGGGUUUGGAUUGUGUGAUAUUUGUGGAUGAGGAGUUUGCAGUUUGCACAUUGAAUUAUCGCAUUCUUGGGUCUUGCCAUGACAACUAGUUCUUUUUUAAAAUAUUUUAAGAUGACUAAAUUUCAUUAUUUUAUUAUAAUGCAACGGUUUACUAAUAAUUAUACUAUACGAAAUGAAUUAAUUAUUUGUGGAUUUGGAUGCAGAGAUUACUCUUAUUAUUAAUG